AUGAGGUCUUUCUAUUGUGCUCUCUCUGCACUUAGCUUGUGCCUGGGACAGGCUGCAGGUUAUCUCGUCAGCCCGCCUUCCGGCGGCGUGGCCGCCCCAGGCAGCAACGAUGAUUGUAGUCUCUGGUACCUGUAUGUGGAAGGCUCGAGUUGCGAGGCAGUCGAGGUGACAUACGAGAUUACUCCUGAAGAGUUUGAGGAAUGGAACCCAAUUGUAAUGGAUGUUGGUUCAAGCUGUGAAAUGCUUCCCGAUUUAUAUUACUGUGUGCAGGUUAACUUUGUUGUUGGCACUUACCUGCCCUCGAGUUACCUUGUGGGCUCUACUGUCCCGGUCCCACUUGCAGCCUACACCUAUAUCGGGUCUACUACUGCAAAGCCUUCUUUGGUUGUGACUCCAACCUCUUCAGCCUCUUCGGCCUCCUCGACCUCCUCAACCUCCUCAACCUCUUCGACCCGCACAAUUACUUCGGCCUCUUCAACUUCUUUAAGCUCUUCCGGCGUCUCAACUCCCUCCCCCAUCCAAACUGGCAUGGUGAGUGACUGCGAUGAGUUUUAUCUAGUCGUCAGUGGUGAUGAUUGUGAAACCAUCGCUAGCGACUAUGAUAUUAGUCUGACCGACUUCUACUCUUGGAAUCCAGCAGUUGGCAGUACCUGCGCUGAUCUCUGGGUAGAUGAUUAUGUUUGCGUUGGUGUGGCUGCUAGUGUCAGUUCGGCAGUGGUAACCACUGCUUCUACCACUACCUUUGUGACCAGCGUAGUGACCUCUGCGUCUGCUUCUACCACGCCAGUCGCCACCCCUACUCCCAUUGAAACUGGCAUGGUCGAUAACUGUGAUGCAUUCCAUCUGGUUGUCAGUGGGGAUGAGUGUGCAACCAUCGCUAGCGAUGCUGGGAUUACGCUGGACGAGCUUUACGAGUGGAAUCCUACUAUUGGUGACACUUGUAGCGAUCUGUGGUUGGGAUACUAUGUCUGCAUUGGUGUGAUUGCUUGA